UCCUCUCUGAGUUAUUUCAUUGAAGCGCACUCAACGUUCUCCAUUGAAGCGUUCUCCGUUGAAUCUAAUUCUUAUAUCCCCCAUUGAAGCAGCUUCUAAGAUUUCUGUGAUAGCUAAUUGACUGCUCCUUUCUUUUGGGAUUGCAGGACGCUGUUGACUGUGAAGCUAAAAUGGCGACUGUCCCAGUUAACCCAAAACCUUUCUUGAACAAUCUGACUGGAAAGCCAGUCAUUGUGAAGCUGAAGUGGGGAAUGGAGUACAAAGGCUAUCUUGUGUCAGUUGAUGGGUACAUGAACCUACAGCUGGCGAACACAGAAGAGUAUAUUGAAGGCCAGAAGACCGGAGAUCUUGGAGAGAUUCUUAUCAGAUGCAAUAACAUACUGUAUCUCCGUGGAGUUCCUGAGGACGAGGAGAUAGAGGAUGCUGACAGAGAUUGAAGAAGAAUAACCUUUUUGCUCAAGAUGCAGCUGAUACAAUGUUAUGCAAAAACUCAGUGAAGAUUGAGUAAUAUUAAGCUCAUGUGAGGUAGUUAUUGUUAGGCGUAACUGUUGAAUUUUCUGGAUGUGAUGCAUUUGAUGUAAAAGAUUAACUUUUUAUGAAAAUAGAAAUUUCUUA